AUGUCUCAAAAGAAGAAAUCCUCCUCCACCGCAGUCAACCUCAUUUCUGGUGGUACCGCUGGUCUCUUUGAGGCUCUCUGUUGUCACCCACUUGAUACCAUCAAGGUUCGUAUGCAGUUGCACAGAAAGUCUGGUGCAGUGAAGAACCCAGGUUUCAUCACCACUGGUAUUCAAAUUGCUAAGAAGGAGGGUAUCACUGGUUUGUACAAGGGUCUCGGAGCCGUUGUCAUUGGUAUCAUUCCAAAGAUGGCUAUACGAUUCUCUUCUUACGAGUUCUACAGAGGUUUGUUGAAGGAUGAAAAUGGUAACAUCUCCACUGGUUCUACAUUUAUCGCUGGUGUCGGUGCUGGUAUCACCGAAGCCUGUGCCGUUGUCAACCCAAUGGAGGUUGUCAAGAUUAGAUUGCAGGCUCAACACCACUCCAUGUCCGACCCAUUGAGUGUUCCAAAGUACAGAAACGCUGGUCACGCCGUUUACGUUAUCGUCAAGGAGGAAGGUUUCGGUACUUUGUACAGAGGUGUCUCCUUGACUGCUGCUAGACAAGCCACCAACCAAGGUGCUAACUUCACUGUCUACUCCAAGCUUAAAGAGUUCUUGGAGGACUACCACACAAAGAACGGUAACAACGGUAUAAUCCCAAGUUGGCAAACUUCCUGUAUUGGUCUCGUCUCUGGUGCCAUUGGUCCAUUCUCUAACGCUCCAUUGGAUACCAUCAAGACCAGAUUGCAAAAGGAGACCAAGUCCUCUGACCCUAACGACCCAUUGUUGAAACAGUCUUCUGCUCAAAGAAUCCUCAGAAUCACAAAGGAUUUGAUCAGAGAGGAAGGUGUCGCUGCUUUGUACAAGGGUAUCACCCCAAGAGUGAUGAGAGUUGCUCCAGGUCAAGCCGUCACUUUCACCGUGUACGAGUACGUCAGAGGCGGCUUGGAGAAGAUGCCGUUGUUCACCACAGAGGAGGCUGUCAUCUUUGACGAAUAA